CUCCAACAAUAACUCCCUCUAAGAUUCUUGCAAGCAGUCAUCCUAAUCACGACGUCAUAAUGGCUGAUCUCGCCAGCCGCAUCACCAAGCCCGACGAGGCUCCGGCUGCCGCCCCCGAGGCUGCGCCCGUGUCUGCCCCUGCGUCCGAAGAGCCCAGGGCCCCCGAGAACGAGACCUCCAUCGAGGAGAGCCAGAGCAACCUUGUCAAGAACGAGUACGAAGUCGAGAUUAAGUUGAGCGAUCUUCAGAAUGACACCGAAAGUCCUCUCUACUCCGUCAGCUCGUUCGAUGAGUUGGGUCUCCCCGAGGCUGUCAACCGCGGUCUGCUCGCCAUCAACUUCAAGAAACCUUCCAAGGUCCAGGAGAAGUGCCUUCCUCUCAUGCUCUCCGACCCUCCCCGCAACAUGAUUGCCCAGUCUCAAUCCGGUACUGGAAAGACUGCCGCUUUCGUCCUUACCGUUCUCUCCCGCAUCGACCUGUCCAAGCCCCACCAGCCUCAAGCCCUUCUGCUCGCUCCCAGCAGAGAGCUUGCCCGCCAGAUCCAGACCGUUGUCCAGACCAUCGGUCAGUUCUGCGAGAAUUUGAUUGUCGAGGCCGCUAUUCCCGGUGCCAUCUCGCGCGAGACGGGUGUUAGAGGCAGCGUCGUCGUGGGAACUCCGGGAACUGUCAUGGACCUUGUCAAGCGCAGGCAGUUUGAUAUUUCGCAGUUGAAGGUUCUUGUUAUUGACGAGGCCGACAACAUGCUUGACCAGCAGGGACUGGGUGACCAGUGUGUCCGCGUCAAGAACAUGCUCCCCAAGACCAUUCAGAUCCUCCUUUUCUCUGCGACGUUCCCAGACAAAGUUCUGAGAUUCGCCGAGCGCUUCGCACCCAACGCCAACCAGAUGAAGCUCAAGCAUAAGGAGCUUACGGUCAAAGGUAUUUCGCAGAUGUUUAUGGACUGUCCUACCGAGAAGGACAAGUACGACAUUCUCUGCAAGCUGUAUGGUCUCAUGACCAUUGGUUCUUCCGUCAUCUUCGUCCGGACGAGAGAGACAGCCAACGAGAUCCAGAAGCGCAUGGAAGCAGAUGGUCACAAAGUUUCGGCCCUUCACGGCGCCUACGAAGGCCAAAGCCGUGAUGUUCUUCUCGAUGAAUUCCGCUCCGGACGUUCCAAGGUCCUCAUUACCACCAAUGUUCUGGCACGUGGUAUUGAUGUUUCCAGUGUGUCCAUGGUCAUUAACUACGACAUUCCGAUGAAGGGACCUGGCGAAAGGGAGCCGGACGCAGAGACAUACCUUCACCGUAUUGGUCGUACCGGUCGUUUCGGUCGUGUUGGUGUCUCGAUCAGCUUUGUUCACGACCGUAGGAGCUUCGAAGCGCUCUCCCAGAUCGCUCAGUUCUACGGAAUCGACCUUAUCCAGCUGAAUCCCAACGACUUGGAUGAUACCGAGAGGAAGGUGCAAGAAGUUAUCAAGUCGAGCAGGGCCCAAGCGGAGUACGUUCCCAGCGCUACUGAUUCGGCCGCUUAGGUAUUUGGCCGAUCAAUGAGUGUUGAGGGGGAGUCGUCGUCGUUGAAGUCGUUGAAGUCGUUCUUCUCUCCGGCACUGCCGCUGCCGGAGACUCAGCAGUUUAGCGGAUGGUGGUGAGCUAGUGCACUAGGAGUUUAUCAACUGAAUCAUCUAGCGUAGGCGAGGGAUCAUGUCUUUUCAUCGUUGCUGCGACAUCACGAUGUUGGGAGGCCCAGAAGGAAAGGGUAUGUGGGAGUGAACUCAUGAUGCGCAUAUUCCGUCAUUCAAAAUGGGAAUCGGGAGUUUAGAUCAAAGAGAUACCAACAAGGGGCGAAAGAUAAAUUACCUUUGCAGUCAGCAAGAUUGCUCAGGACGCGUUCGAUACUACCCGACGUUGAUACACCGGUAGACGCCAGGGUAUCACGAAAAUGUCAAGUGCAUUGUGUCUCGUAGGGAAGGGGGGCUAAGAACGCUUAUCUAUCCA